AUGUAUGUGUUCGAUAGAUCGAGUUCUGAUCAAACAUUGCAGUUCUGGCGUUGUCAGUUCAGAAAGAGUUGCAAGGUCCGCCUGCAUAGACUCAUCGCCACGGGUGAAGUCGUCGAUGUGUCCGGUACUCACAGUGAUCCUUCAGAUGCGGCCAGCGUGGAGAUUGCGAGCAGGCGGACGGCCUUGAAACGCCGUGCUGAAGAAACUCAGGAGUCACCGUCGCAAGUAAUCAACCAUAUUCAGAGUGGAGCGUCGCAAGCAGUGCAAAUGGAAUUCCCCUCCAAUCGGGUCCCCGCGAAAGUGGUGAACCGGGUCCGUAAGGCCUGCUCCAGCGCGCCGGCAUUGCCCGCCCAUCGCAGCCUUAUAGUUGUUCCAGACGAGUACGCAGUCUACGAGCCGACCCCGAACUCAUCGGAACGUUUCCUGCUUGGGGAUUCUGGUAUAGGCGACGACGGAAGAAUUCUUAUCUUCGGACGCGAAUUAGCUGCCACUUAUAUCGGACUGGUUGAGAAAAUUUACGUAGACGGAACUUUCAGCCUUGCCCCGAAGCUUUUCCAACAGGUCUUCGCAGUCCUGGCAGAGGGCUCUGGCUUUGUAGUUCCAGUGUGCUAUGCACUCUUGCCCAAUAAAAGUCAGGCGACGUGCACACGCAUGAUCCAGCUCCUCAAAGAGCAGUGGCCUCACUUCAGUCCGAGCCAAGUUUCGCUUGACUUCGAGCUGGGUCUCGUGCGCAUUCAGAACGGUUUUCCCGGAUGCUGA